CUGUCAUUUCACCAGUAGAGGUCAGUGUAGUGGCUAUAAAUUCAGCAAUGAGCGACCCUCGACUCAGUACAAGAGAACUACCUGGUGCUCGGCUCCUUCCAGUGUUGUCAACCGCAAAGCGGACGAAAUGAUUUGCCUCAAUCGUCUUAUCACACUAAACGUAAAUAUAGUUUCGUCAGACUCAUGUGAGAUGCCGUAUAGUCAUUUUUUACUCUCCGCGGCAGCUCAUUAAAAGUUGAGUCUGAAUUCCGUUUAGAGUGAAGGGGAGAUGUCUAGUAGCACCCAGCUGAGCAUCCAGCAUUGGACCACCAAGCACGUAGCCAAGUGGCUUAAGGACGAGGGCUUCUGCCACUAUGUAGACCUGCUGUGCAACAAGCACCGUCUGGAUGGCAUGUCUUUACUCACCCUGAGUGAAUACGACCUCCGCUCUCCCCCGCUGGAACUCAAGGUGCUGGGGGACAUCAAGAGGCUGAUGGUGUCCCUCCGCAAGCUGCAGAAACACAACCUGGACAUCCUGGAGGAGCUGGGGGUCCCGUUCGACGGACACUCGCCUCAGGGUGGGGACUGGCACUGCAACGGAGACUCCAGUAGAGAGUGCGAUAACUCUAACACAGACACAGCACCGGUUGGAGAGCAGUAUCUUCAGUAUAGGAAUGGGAAGUACAAGCACGGAGGGAGCGGGAGGCUGGACCCCGAGUACUGGAAGACGGCGCUUAGUGCCAUCUACGUGGUGUUUGUGUUCGGAUUUACCUCCUUCGUCAUGGUGAUCGUGCACGAGAGGGUGCCGGACAUGCGCACCUACCCGCCCUUGCCAGACAUUUUCUUAGACAGUGUACCUAGAAUACCAUGGGCCUUUGCCAUGGCAGAGGCAUGUGGAGUCAUCUUGUGUAAUAUCUGGCUGCUAGUUCUGCUGCUGCACAAACACAGGUCCAUUCUACUGCGUCGGCUGUGCAGCCUCAUGGGGACAGUGUUCAUGCUGCGUUGCGUCACCAUGUUUGUGACCUCCCUGUCAGUGCCAGGGCAGCACCUGCAGUGCUCAGGAAAGGUGUAUGGUGAUAUGUGGGCCAAACUGCAUCGAGCUCUGGUCAUAUGGAGUGGAUUUGGAAUGUCCCUCACAGGGGUCCAUACAUGUGGGGACUACAUGUUCAGCGGUCACACGGUGGUCAUCACCAUGCUCAACUUCUUUGUGACAGAAUACACCCCGCGGGGCUGGAACUUCAUCCACACCUUGUCCUGGGUCCUGAACUUGUUUGGCAUCUUCUUUAUCCUGGCGGCCCAUGAACACUAUUCCAUCGACGUCUUCAUCGCCUUCUACAUCACAACCAGGCUGUUCCUGUACUACCACACGCUGGCUAACACCAGGGCCUACCAGCAGAGUCGCAGGGCCCGCAUCUGGUUCCCCAUGUUCUCCUUCUUCGAAUGCAACGUCAACGGGCCCGUGCCCAACGAGUACGGCUGGCCCUUCUCUAAACCCGCCGUGAUCCGGAGCAUGAUUGGGUACUAGGCGGUAGCGUGCACGGGUCCGCGAUGCAGCCACGGCGACGUUGAUCUCUUCUAACACACUAACGCUGUUUACUCUGAGCCCCGUCGUGCUAUUUUUGCUGCUGUGCUGCCUUCAAGGAGUGGCCAACUGUGGUUGUGUGAUAUUGACUUUAUAUUCCAAUAGCUGCAGAGACUGCAAACUGAGAUGGCUUUGUAGGAUCCUAUCGGUGCCACAGUGAGACAGGGUACGGGGAGACUUGAUUUACUCCUAUUCGGUGACUUAGUGGUUGGCUGGCGUUUGUCCCACGGCAGCCUGUUGAAAGGGAUAAAACUAAGUGUGUGUCCAAAAUGACACCCUACUCAUUUUAUAGUGCACUACUUUAGACCAGGGCUCUAUGGCCUCUCGUCAAAAAUAAUGCACUACAUAGGGAAUAGGGUGCCAUUUUGGAUAAAUGCUAAAGACUAGUCCUCUCAUUUGAAAAGGGAUUGAGAUUUUUUGAAGAUAUUUCCCACACCUUUUGCCAUGAUCAAUAACCAGGUUACAGAUGUGAUGUAAGUGCUUUAGUCAACUCCUCGUCUCUUGUUAUGCCUUACUGUUUAUGGCGUGACAGUGAACUCGACAGAGGAGUUGGCUACAGCACAAACUGACCUGCUACUGCCAGGCUAGCAUUUCCACGCUUUUAACGCCUCUUAACUUGCAGUCUGGAGUGAAUGUCGAAGGUAAUAAUAGCAAGCUAGAGGUUUGGGAGGAGAAACAUGAAAGCAGAAUUCUCAGGCAGCCUAUUGUAACCAAAAAUGUUUAUUUUUUAAGUCCAAUAGAAUUUGUUAAUCUAAAGUUCAACAGUAUUAUAGUAAUAAAUAAAAAAAAAGCUAUU